AUGGAAGGAGAAAAAAAAUACAACGAAGAGGCAAAGUAUAACUUUGCAAGAGAAGACCUUCUAAGAAGGGUUGUAGGCAAUGAACAGGCCAAGUGAUAUCAACCAAGCCCAGCUAAACUUGAUCUUGGAAAUUUAACUCAUGGCGAAUUAUCGAAAUUUAAAUCAGAAGCCAAUAACUUAGAUCAAAGAGUUAACCAAGAUUUGAAGCAAAAACAGCAGUUAUCUCCUAAUCCUUUCAUGUUUCAGGAAGGAAUAGACCCUGAUCAAAAGUCUAACUUCAUACAGGGGCAGUUUUGAUACAUGAAUUUGAGUACAAAGGAAGGUCCGAAGAGCAUUCCUGGUGUCUUUAUUCCUUUGCAAUAUAUAAUGCCUGUAGUACCAGCUCCUCCAACAAGUGAUGCUGGAAAAGUUCCUCAGUCGAUGCCUCAGACACCCCAGAAAGCUCAAGAAAUGCCUCCACCGCCUCCCAAAAAUCCGCAGGUUUGAAUUGACCUCACUGGAGAUGAUAGUGAAGAUCUUAGUGAAAAAGAAAAUUCAAAUUUUGAGCUCAAAAAUUAUGCCUUUAAGCCAAUUUUUCAAAUUACGAAAUCUUUUUCCCAAUCAAAACAGCUUUAUAAUACUGAAUCACUGGAAAAUAAAGAAGAGAGACCAAUCGAAGAGAAAACCCAAAAUAAAAAAUUUAAAUUUCGUAUUGGAAAUUCAAGAACAAAAGAAAAUAUGGAGGAAUCGGUGAGAAAUACUGAGUUUGAUAAAAACCCAGACCUAGGUUUGAAUAAAACUAUUGGUGACAAUUCAGGCACAAAUUUACGCAAGAAUGUAGGGUUUCAGCCCUACAAAGCUCCUUCUAAAAUGGACUCUAGCCCUAAUACCUCGUGCUUCGUUGGCAAGGAUGAGCCUUGAGAUGAAGACUCUAAUGAAGAAUUUGUAAACUCUAAUUUCCAAGCCAAAGAUUCUGAAAAUAUUAAAGAUAUCCCUAUUGACUUGAAUAAAUCUGUAGAUGAGGAGUUUGCCGUGCAUCUAAAAUCGGGAGACUCUGAAGAAGAUCCUGAGCUUUACAGAAACAUCUUAGAGUUAUCAAUGGACUCAAAACAGCCAACAAAUUCGAAAGAAGAGUCUAAAACUAAGGAUGACUUACUCGGAGAUUAUAUUCUGAAACUUAUUGAGAGUAGAAGAGAGACUCAGAACUUGAUAGACAGCGGAAAUUUUAUCAAAAGAGGUCCUGGUAGACAUCGUAAGACAAAGUUCCCCACUACAGAGAAGGUUAAGGAAAUGGUUGAUGAUUUCUUUAUGUUUGGAUUUGAAAAGCUUAAUCAAAAUAAAUACAAUAACACUAGGACCGAUGCUUGACUGACAAUGUACCAGAGAAACUUGAAGAAAAUUACACUCUUCCUCCUCAAGAAUGUGUCUGUGAGGAACAAAUACAAGUGUAAUGAUGCAAAACAGUUCCUGAUGGCUUACAGCGAGACAUUCGUUUUAUUUUGAUUUAUAUUUUUCAAAGAGAUUCCAAUCGAAGACACUCUCAUAAAGUUCCUAGAGUUUACUUGUAUCUACUACCCCACUGUAAAAGUGAAAUCUCUUGCCAAGAGAUUGUGCAUUGAAGGAUCUAUUACCAAGGAGUUUCAGGCGCAAUUGGAAAGACUAGCUUCAAUAAGAGAGCAGACUUCUAAAUAAGUCUUUCCUAAUUUUCGUAAAGAACAAUUCUUGAAUGAGAAGAAUCAUUAGAUAUUGUAAAGACUUAUAUGACACAAGAGGAAAGCAUGUACUUAAAGGAAGAGCCGCAGGCUGUGUUCAGAAGCUGUUAUAUCACUUUGACUAAGAAAGCUAACCACCACUGACAAGUGAAAAUAGUAUCCACUAAUUUUUACUGUAAAAAGGUAUAUCACCACUAAUUUAGUAUCUCCAAAAUAUUCGUAUUUUUCCAUAAAAGCUCCUAUAAUAUUUUUAUAAACUGUAAUUUUAUGGUAAAUGAACAAGGGGUUCGUAGUAAACCCUUGUUUGCAAUUUUGGCUCUCUUAAUAGCUGUCAACUCUUCCAGUUCAGUGCAUUCACUCUAGGCCAAAUCCUAUAAAUUAAGGGCUGGAUCCGGGUCUUUUAGUCCGGAAAGAUACGGACAUUUCUAAUGAGGUGUUAUUAAUCCAAUUA